AUGGCGAAUAAUUGGCGGGAAAAGGCAGCGCUGGCUGUCAACGCGCAGGUCGCUUCGACCCACCAGGAACCUCUUCCGCCGCCGCCGUGCCGCGCUUCCCUCGCGGAGCAGACGGCAGUGCAAAAGCCACCGAACCAAGGCGAGUCGAUUCCCCCUCCCAAAAGUGGCGUGUCGCCUGAGCGCGCCAUCGCUCCAACUCAUGCGUCUUUUAACUUCACGUCCAACCAACCAGAAGCUGCUUGCCGGGGUUGUGGUAGCCAACCAGUUGCUUCGCGCCGCUCAUGGCCGAUCGCGCGCCAACUUCAAUCCUGUCGAGUGCUCAGCAGCCAGCUGGCAGCCGCAUCCUUCUGCCAGGAUGUACGACACCCAAUGAAUGACUCCAACUCUACGGUGCAUCCAUCCCACUAA